UCACUUAGCUGUACCUUCAACUCUUGACAAAAUGCACUGCAGUCUUUACCCUGGAUCUGUCAACCCAGGUUGCUACUGGGGUAGUUACGGCUACCCCUUGGGCUACAGUGUUGGCUGUGGCUAUGGCAGCACCUAUUCACCAGUAGGCUAUGGCCUUGGCUAUGGAUAUGGUGGUUGUGGACCAUAUGGCUACAGAAGAUGUUGGCCAUUUGGACUGUACUGAUUGGCUUAAACAACUGAGACUUACCAAGUCUGCAUCUGCUCACCAUCUCUGACAUUGCUGUUCUUCUGAUUUAGUACCAGUUUACUGUAGAAAGAGCCUGCAAUCCUAGAAGAUUAAUAUGUUGGGCCAACUUUACACCAAGCUGAAUGAACUGGAUGUGAUUCAUUUGAACAUCUAUGGAAUGUCAGCACUUUAUCUUACAGUUCUCAUGAAUUUUUCAUUACUUUGAUCUUUUCUGUCUUCUC